UGGCUCCGGCAUGACUCGCAGACGACUAAUAUUCUUUACCUGCAGCUGGGGGACAAGCAGGCCCCCAACACCUUCUACGUCGGAAUCUACAUCCUGAUCGCGGUCGGAGCCGUCAUGAUGUUUGUGGGGUUCCUGGGAUGCUACGGUGCUAUUCAGGAGUCUCAGUGCCUUCUGGGAACGUUCUUCACUUGCCUGGUGAUCCUGUUUGCCUGCGAAGUUGCGGCUGGAAUCUGGGGAUUUGUCAACAAAGACCAAAUAGCCAAAGAUGUGAAGCAGUUCUACGAUCAAGCGUUUCAACAAGCGCUCAUGGCAGAAGCGGACACAGGCAACAACGCGAAAGCUGUAGUGAAGACCUUUCAUGAAACGCUGGACUGCUGCGGUCCUGAUAGUGCAACAGAAGUUAUCGCUUCUCUGUGGAGAGAUGACCUCUGCUCAAAGAAGGACUCCUUCCUGAAAAACCCUCUCGAGUUCUCGAACUGCCACAAAAAAAUCGAUGAGCUGUUCUCUGGGAAGCUGUACCUGAUUGGUAUCGCUGCCAUCGUGGUCGCCGUGAUCAUGAUCUUCGAAAUGAUCCUGAGCAUGGUGCUGUGCUGUGGCAUAAGGAACAGCUCCGUCUACUGAGCUGUGAGAGCCGGGGAGGGGAAGGGGGGAGCAGGGCGGACGGCGCUAGAGGGGAGCCCAAGUGCCACCAAGUGACCAGGAGACAUUUCGACAAAAGAUAAAGAAAACUAUGUAUAUAAAUACUUCCAAUAUUACCAUACAGUACUUAUCAUUUUUAUUUUUAAGUACUUUUUUUUUUUUUAAUAAAUAAAACUUUCCCGUAUCCUUGUGGCUGAGUUAGUUACACAUCAGUUUUGUGUGAUGGGGAAAGCUGCUGUAGCAGGAGAUCAGGUCCUUCCUUCCCCCUUCCCCACCCCCCGUAACUCAGAAAUAACGCUGGUGGAAGAUGUACAGAAGAGAAGGCUGCAGCCUGUUAGCAGAAAACUUUGCCUUGGUUUUUACUCUCUUUUUCAACACUGACUUUUUUUAUACACAUAAUUGGGUGCUGAAGCAGGAUUUAGCAUUUUUAUUCAUUUGUACUCAUCUUUUCCUACCAUCACCCCAACUCCCUGGCGUUUCCAAGCUGUCCGUAGGGAAGCCUGGCUGGCGGCCUGAAGCCUGGGAGAGAGGAGAGAAGAGAAGAGGAGAGGAAGCAGCCCCUGUUGCCUGGGUGCGAUGUGUCCCGGGGGAAAUGCCAGCACAUUGCUCCUCUCUGACCUGUUUGCAUUGCUAGGUCAAUCCUUAACAGAAGUCAAAUUUUUUUACUCUCUGAAGGAGCGGGGAUGGUUUUGGCUUUUUGGUUUUGUGGGGUUUUUUUUCUUUGGACUAUAACUUUAUAAAUUGGCUCAUUUCCAUUGAUUUGUUGUAUUUAAAGGGUCGGUUGCUGGGGGCGAAUUUUAAUCCCAGUUUGUCAAACAUAGCAAACUGAAAAUUGAGUCAGUUUUUCAAUGUCCUUCAAUGUUUCUUUAUAGGCGUAUGUUUUGGGGAGUGUCUAGUUCUGUACUGAGUUUCCACUGUUAAGCUAAUACUUGCAUACAAAUGAUAGUGGAGAAAAGAAGAAAACUUUUUUUAAAGAAAAGUCCUGAACCUUAGAAAUCCUGCAUUUCUGUAUUGCAGGAUGACGCCUGGGGGUUCCCAGCCAUAUGCACGCGUGUUUAAAAUUUCAUCUUUGCAUCACUCUCUCGUUCAGUGGAAUUUUCCUUCCUUACAGCAUGUUGUCGCACACUGUAACAUUGCUGGGAAAUUGGCAUAACCUGAUUUUGCAAAAAAAGAAAAAAAAAGAGAAAAAUAAAAAAAAAAAAGCUUAAUUAUUUUAAGACCUUCCACUUCCAGUCACAUCAACGGCAGGAGAUCAGCUUAUCAAAGCAAGGGAAUUCAGGAUUUUAGAUCGCACCAGUUGGAACACUUUCUUGUAACCUGGUAAGCUUUGGUUGCCAAUUCGAUGUACGUGGCUUCUGUUGUAUGCCGCUCCGUUACCAUGUAGAUAGAGGGGGGAAGUGACCCAGGAGCUAUGUAAUAAAAUCAGAGUCUCUCUAAAAAGAUGAUCUAUAUGUAUAGUUCUAUAGAUAUAUAUUUUUAAGCAAAGCCUUUUCCUUAGCCGUAUGGGCACUUGAGCUGGAAAUGAACAGUAUCUCACAGCUCUUUGCCACCUCAAAGGAGGUAAGGGGAGGAGUUGGGAAUAGCGAUCACCUUCCCCACUUCAGGAAUAUUUCUUUCUUAAACUAUUUUGCUCUCCCCCUUCGUUGCAGUGAAGAGCUUCAGAUCGGACAGGGAGGGAGACCCAUGAUCAUUUUAAACUUGUACUGUGUCCACUGCACGUGGCUGCCGUGGCCGCUAAAGGAUAGGAAAUUCCUGCACUGGGGCUUUUCCCCCCUUCCGCUCCCCCCUUUCCUCUUCCUGCCUUUUAGUGUUAUAGGGCCUUUAAAAAGUAUAUAGGUAAAUACAUAUAUAUAUAUAUAUAUAUCUCAAGUUGUGCUGGGUAAGAGGAGGAAGUGCUUCAACAGAACUUCGGGUUGAGGGGUUGGACAAGAAAAGAUUCAGCCUUAGCAAUAGCCUUAAAGCAACACUGCCCUGAAUGUCCACGUUGUGCACGUCGAGAAUGAGACGAGGUUUUGCAGGAGGUAACCCCUUCCCCUGCCCCCCGGCGUAGCUCCUUCAGGUCAUCUACUCUGUUAUGUGGCUAUAUGUAUACGCAUCAACCAAGCAUGUGUGUUUACAUAUAUGUGCAUCGGGAUCGGUAGCAUACAGAAUGGAUGUGUAACUUGCCGCCUUUUUUGUUGACUGUUGAUAAAUGUGUAUAAAUAUGCCAUUAAGCAUUUCAGUUCUGUUUUCUUUCCUUAUACUGUAUUUUUGAUAUUGUUCAGUAUUCAGUUGAUGCUGUGUAUGUAGCCGGAGCUCUGUUUGAAGACGGACGGGGUCUCGAUGCAGGUCAGGUGUGUCCUUGGAUGCCGUAGCUUUAGGGCUCUGGGCUGUCCCAGGCAGGAGCAACUGGGAGAAAGUGGUGCUUGGAGAGGGAGUCCGGGAGCUGUGGGAGGAAGAAGAGCAGGAGGUUUGCUUCGACCAUGUUCCCGCACAGGCUGCAGUUUACUCUUUGGCUUAUUUUGGAGGUGGCUUGUCACUGUGGGGAGUUCCAGAGGCAGCUCCCUGGGCCACCUCUUGUCCCUGCGGCUGCUGCGGGAAAGGUGCUGUGGGAAAGGAACAGCGAGCGGCUGGGGAGGUCGUGGGAGGGGACAGAAAGAGUUUGAAGGGAGAGGGCAAUGCUUUCCCUAGCGUUACUAGCUGAGAGUCCCCACCUUUGAUGGAACGGUCGUCAGCUGUAGCAGGAGGGGUCAGCCCUGGCAGAAGAGGGACAGAGAGGAACCGUCGUGCUUAAGAAGGAUGAAGUAGCUGAGAAACCCUCACAGAAAAUAACGGCCCCCUUGGGUCUCCUCCAGUCCGGCCCCCUGUGAAGUUGGACCCGAGUUAAAACAAACUAGGGAGGGAGCUGUGAAGGGCCGAGGGGACGCGCCAUGUUGCAACCACUCGGGAUCCAAAAGUGACAGGGCUCUUCUGCCAGCUGGUCGGUCCCAAAGCUGCCUGAGGAGAAGGGGGAAAAAACCACUAGGUUGGACCCCUGCCCUGCCUCAGACCCUCUUCUGCAUUCCUUCGCAUUUGUGUGUGCAACAGGGGGCCCCAGCCUGCUCCCCUCCGCACCCCCAAAAACCAAACUACGGAUGAAACUGUGGGCUGUAAAUACAAAGCCCUCCCUCUCCAGGGCCGCGUCCUCCCAGAGCUAGUGACAGCUGAGGAAAUGGCUGUGAGCUGAGGCGGGGAGGAGAAGACUCAACUGCCCAGGUCUUAGUUCAAAGACCACAUCGAAAGGUCAAACAGAGCCGCUGACAGCUUAACUGAAUGCUUGGGAUUUUUUCAUACUGUGGAGCAUGCCACAAAGCAGUGUGUUUAACUUCUUUCUGCCUUUUUUUUUUUUAAAGAAAUGAAACAAAAAUCGAUUUAAUAAACGUUUCUCAUAGUGUGCAUAGUGUGAUGAACCGCUGCAGUUUUACAACCAGUAACCUUAACACCAGGAUGCUUUUUGAAACCAGGCUUCAACAGCAUGGGUUUUUCCAGCCUCUGGGAGGGGGGCCUGCAGGCAGGCUGGGGACGCAUCCAGAAUGGUGCUGAGGGAAGGCAGCAGUGGCUGCUGCGAUUGUGCCCCCACCCCCCACCCCCAAAGGAAGGGGGGCACAGCUGUGGGGGAGCUAAUGUGGGUUGCAAAAUAGGGUGAGUGUGCUGAAAUUCAGGGGGGCUGCAGUGGCAGUACUGCGCACACCCUCCUGACGUGACCAAAAAUGGCCCAAAAUGCCCUCUGUUGCCAUCCGGCCGGGGGCUGGUCUGAUUUUUGCUGAUGGUUUGGUAAUGCCACCGCCUGCCCCUCCGCACCAUCAGGGGCAAGCCUGGCUGAGAGCAAGGGGGGAAGGCUGAGUGCUGUGAUCCCACAACUGCCUGCCUUUCUCUGCCCUCGCUGCGUUGGAAGCAGGAACGUCCCACGGCAGCCACCGGCCAUCGCCCAUGCCGGUGCGGAGAGGGAGGGAAUGCCGGGCGAGGGAGAGCGAUGUUCAGCUGCUGCGAAGAAAGGCGAGCCCUGCUCCCGGCGGCUGUGCCCGCGCUACAAGAUCAUGCCCAUCUGUU